AUGUUAAGAUUAUUUUGUCAAUUAACUAAUUCAACUAUUUAUGAGGAUUUAUAUGUAUUUUACUCAUCGUCAUACAUAACGACAACAGUACAAUCACAUCAGUUAUUUAAUGCACAAACAGAGGCAAAUAUUAAUUUAUUUAUAAAAACAACGACAAAUACAUUUUUACGGUCAUUACAAAUGAUACGUAAUACAACACAUGGAGAUCAACUUUUAUCAUCACCAUUAACUGGCUUUGGACUAAUUGGCCUUAACGAUGGUUCAGGUGUUAUGAGAUUCGAUGGGUUGGAUUAUGGUGAUUGUUCAUGCCACAAUACACCACUAUGUAAAAAACAAUCAAGUAUCUAUAAUGGUAAUGGUUCAGAAAUUCUAUUUAAUAUAACAGGAUGGUAUGUAGGCUACUAUGUAACUGAAUCUCUUCGACCGUCUACACUAGAAAGUUUUUAUAAUCAAACGAGUUUCAAUCAAUUAUUAUAUCAUCUUAAUUCAGAAAUAAAUAUUACAAUACUCAACUCCACAAUCGAUAGUCAAUAUCAACCAAAUGCAGCAAUUGGUGAUAUACUCAAUCAAUUAAUGGUUGAGAAAUGGGACUAUUCAUUUUCCUUUGAAAGCUAUUAUCAACAAUGUCAACCAAAACAAUGUCAGUAUACAUAUGUUGGAAAGUUUUCUGCCAUCUAUAUUGUGACCACAUCAAUGAGUAUUUUUGGUGGUCUUGUUAAAGUAGGCAAAAUAAUUGUACCACUAUUGAUAAAAUUAUUAAGAAAUCAUAUCAUACCAAAGUUUAUGAAGAAGCGAAUUAUGUCAAUUCAAAAUACAUGA